CAGCUCUGGCUUCAGAUGUUCAUCCUGCCUCGGGUUUGCGUAAUGUUCAGCAUCCUCCAGCACGCCUGUGUGUGGGAUGCAGGUAUUGCCACAGAGUGGGUGCUCAGGAGUCCAAUUGCUGAAUGGAAGGUGUGCGGAUUUGCACCUUGACAGGUGCUGCCAAUUUGCUUUCUGAGGGGACUUCCAGUGCAGCAAUUCCUCCCACCAUGCCUCUGAAGCCAGGGGUGACUGAGAGCAAGGUUGCCUUCUCUUCUGCUCCCGGAGCCCUGUCGUGGUGCUUCAAACAUGUGGGCCCAAACUGGGAUAGAAGAUGGAUUUGGAUCAAAGAGCAGCAUCUCGCAGAGGCUGUCGCAGACGCAUUCUCUCCCUGCCUGGGCUUCUGUGGAAUGAGGCUCAGGCUCCUUCUCUCAAGACACUGGUGCAUUGCAGGUGCGUCUCUACAGAAGUUUGAUGGUGACAGCGCCUACGUGGGGAUGAGUGACGGAAAUCCAGAGCUCCUGCCAACCAGCCAGCUGGACCUUUGCAGAGAAAGUUUGCUGAGCCCUCUCCUAGUACACCCAAGAAAAAGUGCCAAGAGACAGACUUAUAACAGCCAGAGCGAGAGCAAUGAAGACUAUGAGAUCCCUCCUAUAACGCCUCCCAACCUCCCUGAGCCAUCCCUCCUGCACCUGGGGGACCACGAAGCCAGUUACCACUCGCUGUGUCACGGCCUUGCGCCCAACGGUCUGCUCCCUGCCUACUCGUACCAAGCUAUGGAUCUCCCAGCCAUCAUGGUGUCCAACAUGCUAGCCCAGGAUAGUCACCUGCUGUCUGGCCAGCUGCCCACGAUCCAGGAGAUGGUCCACUCGGAGGUAGCUGCCUAUGACUCAGGCCGGCCAGGACCCCUGCUGGGCCGCCCAGCGAUGCUGGCAAGCCACAUGAGUGCCCUCAGCCAGUCCCAGCUCAUCUCUCAGAUGGGCAUCCGCAGUGGCAUCGCCCACAGCUCCCCAUCACCCCCAGGGAGCAAGUCAGCGACCCCCUCUCCAUCCAGUUCUACACAGGAGGAGGAGUCAGAUGCCCAUUUCAAGAUCUCGGGAGAGAAGAGACCCUCAGCAGACCCAGGCAAAAAGACCAAGAACCCAAAGAAGAAGAAGAAGAAGGACCCCAAUGAGCCACAGAAGCCUGUGUCGGCCUAUGCUCUCUUCUUCAGAGACACUCAGGCUGCCAUCAAGGGGCAGAAUCCCAGUGCCACCUUUGGGGAUGUGUCCAAAAUAGUGGCCUCUAUGUGGGACAGCCUAGGAGAAGAGCAGAAACAGGCAUAUAAGAGGAAGACUGAAGCUGCCAAGAAGGAGUACCUGAAAGCCUUGGCGGCCUACAGAGCUAGCCUCGUCUCCAAGAGCCCUCCGGACCAAGGCGAGGCCAAGAAUGCUCAGGCAAACCCACCAGCUAAAAUGCUCCCACCCAAGCAGCCCAUGUAUGCCAUGCCCGGCCUGGCUUCCUUCCUGACGCCCUCCGACCUACAGGCCUUCCGCACUGGAGCGUCUCCUGCCAGCCUUGCCAGGACGCUGGGCUCCAAGGCCCUGCUGCCAGGCCUCAGCACAUCCCCACCACCACCUUCCUUCCCUCUUAGCCCCUCACUGCACCAGCAGCUGCCACUGCCCCCCCAUGCACAGGGCACCCUCCUCAGCCCACCUCUCAGCAUGUCCCCAGCCCCUCAGCCUCCUGUCCUGCCUGCUUCCAUGGCACUCCAGGUGCAGCUGGCGAUGAGCCCCUCGCCUCCAGGGCCACAGGACUUCCCACACAUCUCCGAGUUCCCCAGUGGCUCAGGCUCCCGCUCACCUGGCCCAUCCAACCCUUCCAGCAGCGGUGGGGACUGGGAUGGGAGUUACCCCAGCGGGGAGCGCGGCCUCGGCACCUGCAGCCUGCUCCCCAGGGAUAAAUCGCUCUACCUCACCUAAUCCCGCCUCCCCUCCCUCCCUGAGGCUCUCCGGAGGGCACUGCUCCGAGCCGGAAGGGCUGACCACAGGAGAGAGGCCAUGGCAGCAGGCAGGGUGACCGGCCAGCAGUGAUACACCUAUGCCCCAAGGCUGAGUCUCUCCCUCGACCUCCCACCAGACUCUGCAGAGGCAGCCCACCGCCCACCACCAGCCCAAAGAACCUGCAGGAACCUUCUGCCCGCUGACCUGCUUGCUCCAGGGUAGCUGUGGACCCCACUCCUUGGCCUGCACACAGUCCCCUGCGUCUGGACUUCUGGCCCCAGCCCAAGCUCACCGGGCUGCCCCCCCUCGAGGUUGCUUUAGCAACAGACACCCACCCCAGAUGCUGAGCCAGCCACAGGUGUGCUCUCGGUGGUGUACACAAAAGAUCCUGAAACCCGUGCGCUGUGGGUUCCGUGUAAGUAGUUCACUGUUUUAGAACCGUGCUGAAGACAUCUGUAAGAUUAUUUUGUGGGGAGAAAGAAAGUUUCCUUUAAGGUUAAAAAAAAAAAAAAGAAAGAAAAAAAGAAAAAGAAAAAAGAGAGAAGAAAAGAAA